AUACCGUCACAAUUCUCCACCAACCAGCUCAGCUGUCAUUACGCGAAUCAUCGCUCGUAUCAGUGUUUCGUAUUGUAAAUCAUACCAGGCUUGGUGGUUGCUGCAGCCAUUGUACAGGUAAGUAGGUGCGGCAAAUGCGUCCACAUCCUUCAUGUAUUAUAACAUUACUACCUCUGAAUUUGUUGCUGGAGAUGUUUCGCUGUUACCAAACCUGGACAGAGACGAGGAAGUGGUUUCAGUUGAUGCUCGUUAGCUUUUUGAAAAUUUUGCCCUCGAGCCAUGUUCAGCUACUCCUUUAGUAAACUCACAAAUGUCAAGUACAUCACAACGACAUACUGCCUUGGGAUAAGGAGCGUUUUUAAAGCGGAAAAAGACACUAACUUUGAAACCCAGAGCUGCUCAAAAAACGUCAGCUAACGUAAAAGUUGAAGGAACCCCACGGCCAGUUGCUGUGGACCCUUUUCUACAUAAUGAAGAGCAUUGACACAGACAGACUUCCUUAUACUGAUGAUGUUGUAUUUCUUUCUUUAUGUCUCUGCAGGUUUUUAGCUGUGGAAAAAGUGGCAGGGGGUCGCAAAGAUGGUCAGGGCUGGCGGUAAGUAGACACUCUAUCCUAAAGCAAAGGUGUGUGCUGCAUUCAGGUGUUCUCUGGUCUACUACCGAGCAUGUACUUUUAGUGUACUACAGAGUAUACUCAUUUAGUACUUCUUAGUACACUUGAAGCAUACUUGAAAAUACAUUUUUAGUAUACUUUUAGUUUACUAGUAAUAAACUUCUAGUCCCCUUUUUAGCUUAUAAAAGUAUACUCUGAAGCAUACCUUUUGUUUGUUUAUUUAUUUAUUUGGGUUUUUUGGGGAGGUUGCCUUCAAUGGGUAGGACAGAGUGGCAAAAUGAGAGAUGGAGAGUAGGGGCAACAUGCAGCACAUGGUCAGGACAGGAAUCGAACCCGUGACCACAGUCCCCAACAUGGGUCAACUUUAAUCUACUCAGCUAUCUGCGUGCUGACUUUGAAGCAUAAUGAAAUUACCUUUUGCUAUGCUACUAUUUCAAUAGUAGUAUGCAUUUGUAUACUUGGCCUGGUUUGUGCAGGGGAUCAAUAAAGUUCUUGUCUUAUCUUAAAUAAUUUAUACGUACAUAACUUAUACUCUAUAGAAGUAUACUCUUAACAAGAUAUAUGGAAGUAUUCACUGACCAAGUAUACUUAAACCCAAUGCACAAAUGCAUACUUAAGUAUAUCUUGAACAAAGGUUUAUGUCCAAGUCUAGGUUAAAUGUAUUUAGACUUAAAGUAUAAUUGUAAGUACAAGCCAAGUAUACUUAACAUUAACUUUGUUAAGUAUAUCUCUGAAAAGUCCACAAAGAGUCAAGUGAAAGCAUAAAAACAGUAUACUUGAAGUACAUAUCAACAUACUUCUUUUUGGUAAGGGGUGCAGGAUUAUAGAAUCAAAUCUAAUUGUCCUUAAUCUUUGUCGUUACCUUUCAAACAAACAAGCAUGCAGCACCUCACAAAGACAAGAAACCUAUUACAGUCAUUAAUAAAUAGAUCUAGUUACUUUACUAUGUACUGCAGACAAAGAGGAAGCAUGUAAAGAAAAUAAAAUAGGUUCAAGAAAGCUACCUUGAGAAAUACCACAUUUAUAACGUUUCUGAUACACAAGCUCUGAGGCUGAAAAAACGGCUAUAUUAUGUAACUGUUUCACAUUGGCAUUGAAUACUUUCAUACAUAUGACAUGUCAAAGCUUGUUGGGGCUGAAGUUGUCAUCCCAGGUGCAUAAUGCAUCACCUUAUAGGCUGUACAUUAUGGCAGUUUUUUUUUUUUUUAUAUCUGUUGAUGAUUUGUAAAAAUCUAUAAUUUGCUUUGCCAACAAUGACCUGCCUCCACAGUAAGAACCAAAGCUGGCUAAAAUAGGUCAGGAAGUUCAGCAAACACAAAUUUCAGUUUCAGAUCUAAAAAAGGACUUCUGACACAUCGCCACACACACAUAUUUCUGACAGGUGUUAACCCGCUGUCUUUGUUAUAUCUGUUUUUAUUCAUUUUUCUGUAUUUAUCUCCUAUUUCCCCUCAGGUAUUUUGAAGUUAGCAGCGCUCAUCUUUGCUUUCCUCCUCGCUGUCUUUCUGGCCUUUCAGCUCCUGGAGAUUAACAUGGAUUUUAAACUGAGCAACAUCAUCUGUGAGUGCACAUUUCCUAGAAAACGAAAGUUAUCAUAUUAGAUCUGGUUCUCAAAGCAAGACAAGACAUGAGUUAAAGAGGAAACAUGACAUUGCAUUAUCAAGCUAAUGUCAGAGUAUGUCACAAUACUGAUAGUGUUCACACACCUACAUUGUUCCACACCUACAUUGCAUCACAGUUUUUGGCAGAUUUUCUAAACAUGCAUAUUUUUCUUUUCCAGCAAAAAAUAUAGCUGUGAAUGAAGGCUGUAAGUAUCCUUAAUUUAUCUAUAAUUCACUUUUUGAUUUGCUUCUCAAUCGCUGAUCUCUUUUUAAUACACAUUCUUCCUUUUUUACAUCUUUAACAAGCCAACACAUGAACGGUAAUCAUGUGUUUGUGUCAUAAAGUGUUGUGUGUAUAGUGGUGCCUCUUAUUUAGAGUAUAUAUAGAGUCCUUCUGGUAGUGCUUUAAUGGACUGCUGCUAUUUGAUCUGACUCACCAGCUGUUUGCAAACAGCACAGUGAAGACAGCAUGUGUUCCCUGAUAUAUUCUUGUUUCUUGGAGUGUAAAUUUAAUUUUCUCCCCACAGCAACAAAGCCGGUCAGGCACAAAUGUGGGCUAUCCAAAGCAUGUCCACUCGGGCACUUCGCCUUCAAGAUGGCCAGUGGGGCGGCCAGUGUGGUGGGGCCCAGGAUCUGCCUGGAGGACAAGCUGUGAGUCAAAGAAAACUCAAAUCUGUCAGACAAGAAGGCAAAUUAUUUUUUCCCAUGUGUUUAUCUUUCCAGGGUUAAAGUUCAGAAAGCGUAACGAGGUUGACACCCUGUGUUACGCUGAUGUGUCAUUUAUGUUUCUCUGGUGUCAGGAUCAUUUGUAGUAGUUGGUGCUUUUGUCUGAAGGUUGUAGACUUAAACUGAAUAGAGGAACAAAUAGAGUAUAGUUUUAAGAUUUUCUGCUUUUCUCUGUUUUAUUUCAUUAGAGAUAAAAACUUGUUUUAUUUGUUUACACUAACUUCAUGUUAUUUGUUGUUUAUUACAUGUUAAUGCACAGCUUAUUAUGCUGUAUAAUGUGACUUGGCUCUGUAACAUUAACAGGAAAUCUCCCUGCAUUUAGUGUGAAAACACUCACAUGGUCCAAUAUUGUCCUUCUUUGUUUUAGACUCAUGAGUGGUGUGAAGAAUAACGUAGGCAGAGGAAUCAACAUCGCCCUGGUUAAUGGUAACGUUUUUAACGCAGAUAAGUUAUCUAAGUUUGCAGCUGUGACACACCCAGUUGAGAUAUUUAAAGCUCCUGUGAGGAGUUUACAGCUACUUAUGAAUCAGACAGAAAUUAAUACUGAUAUGUCUCUAAAAGCUCUAAAAGUCAAACAAGACCACAGAGAAGAAAAGUUACAAGUUCUAUCGGCUUGUUUUUAAAGUUAGAAUCCACAUGUGGGGGUUCGGUGUUGGACCAAGUGAUCAAGUGCAUGCUGCUAAAGGUUCUCACUCACCAGGGCUGACACGAAGCUAGAACGCAAAAUCACGAAAUAUUCAGAGGUGAAUUUUGACGCACCUGACUAUACACAUCAAGCCCGAUGUGAUUUUGAAACUUUCCGGGGGGAAAAGACGCAUCCCGGGGAAGACUAUUCUCGGUGAAAGUCCCACCUCCUUCGCCUCUGAUUGGCUAGAAAAGCUGGAAGCGUCAUCACACGCUCAAGCCAAACGGUCAGCACUUAUAGCCAAUCAGAGACGAUAAGAUAAGCACAUGAAACCAUGGUAACAACCGUUAGCUUAGGUUAGCACAGAUGAAAGUUAAAACAAAGGCAUUUAGCAAACUGUUAAAGCGCACAAACCAUCGUCAUAUGAGAGAUCCGACGCUAUGACUCUCCACAAGUUGUCCUUCAGGAUGUUAUCUUUGUGACACGUAAACAAUCAGCCGGUCGGCCAUGUUGGAUAUACCGGUGAAUCAGACGUCGCAACAACAUGCAAUCGGAUUGGUCAGAAGUGGACACACAGUGUGCGAAACUUUGAAAAAUCGACCAUGAUCUGAAAAAAUAAAUGCAGCAAUAUCGCAGAACGGUAAAACGUCGCUGAUGUGAACGCUUGUAUUGACACGAUACGGGUCCGAAAAAAAAAUAUUGACGUCUGAAAUAAUCGCAUGAAAAAAAGGCUCCCGGUGCGAAAGGACCUUAAUACUUCCUUUUUCUAACAUGUACAACAGCGAUAUUCUUGAGCUGUGAUACAGUUGACAUGUUAAACAGUUAAAUAGAUCUGUCAAGAAACACAGACUUUGUCCACAGGGAGGCGACUAAGGCGAAAAGUUUGUCACUGUAGUUUUAACCAAACAAAUCAGAGAUUAGUGUAUUUUUUUGAGAUUUGAAGUUGUAACCCUCUGUGGUAAAACUAAGGUCAGCUAUAACCCAUGCUAACUUAACGUUUUGGUGUUGCAUAAAGCGAACGUUAUAAUAAAAUGUGCUUAUAAAUGGUCUCUUGUACCUUGCAGGAAGAACUGGAGAUGUUGUCAAGACAAACUUUUUUGAUAUGUGGGCUGGAGGUGCGUAUGUUUGAAGACCUUUGUGCUCGCAAAUCUAAAACAAAUAGACCGCAUCAAUUAUGUAAGAUAAGAUAAGAGCUUUAUUGAUCCCCCAUAGGAAAAUUAAUAAUGUGUAAUCUUUGUAAUCCUGUGCAGAUGUGGCUCCUUUUAUUAAAUUCCUAAAGGAAAUUGAAGACGGGACAAUCGUCAUGAUGGCCUCAUUUGAUGAUCCUGCAACAAAGUGUGUUACUUUCCCCUAAUAUUACCUGAAUCAAUAUCAAUCCAUGUAAUAAACACAGCCUAGUUAUGGUUCAUUCAAAUUUUGGCUUAUUGCUGCAGGUGAAUCCAUGAUGUUACAUUUGUCUACCUUGAUCCCUAGACUCAAUGAAGAAGCCAGGAAGCUGGUUGCUGAUCUGGGCAGCACUUUGAUCACUAAUCUGGGCUUCAGGGAUAACUGGAUCUUUGUGGGAGGGAAAGGAAUCAAGACCAAGAGUCCGUUUGAGCAGGUAACAAAAACUCAUAAAUCAUUUUUGUAUUGUUUCCUUAUUGCAUUAUGUAAUUUCGCCAAAAGAAAAAGGACUUAGAUGUAAUAUCAGCCAAACAAUGGGACAACAGCAUUCCUCCUUAUUUACCAGGGGCGGUCUUGAUACCUGAAUUAGGUGUUUAUAGCCUCUUUUCAACCCAACCAGUUUGGUGAGUCCAGACAAAGGAGCCAUAUGUGUAUCUCAGGUUUGGUCAAUAGAAACUGCUGCUUGUUAGAUGAUACAAUACACGUGACACUGUCUGGGGGAGAAAGGGGAUUAAAAAAAGUGUGUUUAGAUUGAGUCUGAGAAAGGGCUAGAUUAAACUGGGAUUUUUAACCAGAGUUUAAGGAUGCCGGCACUCUACAAAACUUUCAACUGAAACCAUCUGGAAGUCUAAGUGAAGAGAUUUGAAGUUUUGUUUAUAAUUCCUUUCAUUUAAUUGUGCUUUAUUCACCACUUUUCUUGCUGUCAUAUGCAACAUUAUCCAGCACAUUACUCACCACAAAAACUACCUUAAUAAUGACCACAUUCACGUAAUUUAUCACAUUAAUUGGUCGUAUUAUUCGCCAAAGUAAUGACCAUAUUAAUCACGAUAACUACCACAUUCUAUGCCAUAUUUUCAUCCUCAAUAUCUACCACAUUUUUAGCCACGAUGUUUCCAUUCCUUACAUUUUUUAAACAGUAUUUGCAGUAUUACCUGCCGCAUUGUUUGAUUAAUUAUUUCUUUAAGUAUUCCCUGCAGUAUUUGACGUAUAAUACUACAAACUUCCAGUUAAGGCGGCGGUACUUCUCUCUCGAUGUUUAAUAGUGAAAAAUAAACCCUGGUUAUUAUUACAAAGUGUCAGCUGACCGUGUACCUGGGCUGCCUGCCCAAGUAAAUGUCGUGUGGGAAACACUUGAAUCGCAGGUGUGUGCUCAGCCUUUCAGCCUCUGUGUUUGAUCUUCCUGAGCAGCCCACACCUUCUCACAGAGAUUUUACCGCUCUUUCUUCACCCUUUCAUUGUCCACUCACAUUCAUGCCUCCUGGGCUCGUCUGACCCAGAUUAUAAUGGCACUGCAAACUGUAAUCAUAUGAAACUUAAUGUGAGUGUUUUGUGUGCGCCUCCGCAGCACAUAAAGAACAGCGCAGACACCAACAAAUUCGAGGGAUGGCCUGAGGUGUUGGAGAUGGAGGGCUGUGUACCUCAGAGGCAAGACUGACUGACUGGAAUCUUCAUUUCUCGUCCAAAACAUCCAACUUUUCCCGACUGACAUUCCUGUCCUUAUGAGACCUGAAAAGUGCUUCUUUUCCAGACGUUUUCGAAGCUCUUAAUCACAAGCCUUUUAUUCAGAUUUACCCACCAGAACAACAUCACCAUAACAUGACAAGGACAGAGGAGCUGCUGAGCUGGUUUACUGGGAUGCCAGGACUUUUCCAGCACAUCUCCUUUUUGUUUGGAUACAAAAACAUAUUUACUUAUUAUUAUCAUUAUCAGUGCUUUUAAUUGAUCAGGAAGGUAGAUUGCACUGAUUAAAAGGGACUCAGCUUUGAUAAUUUGCAUGCUAUCACAAUUUCUAUCUGUAAGGCUCACAGACGUAGCUGUGAUAGUGUCGCAUCAUUGCACUGUAUUUGAUGGAAAUGGAUCUCCAUCACCUAUUUCCUGCCUUAAUCUCAUUAACCCAUUCAUGUAUAUUAUGGCUUUGUGAUUCAUUUUCUUCCUUUUCAGAGUUUAUUUUCAGAGAAUUAUUAUUAUUAUUAAUAGGGUUUGAUAUGCGUAUUGUUUUGAUAUUACAACCCAAAGUACCAAAUUCACUGUGAAAUUUGUAAAUAGUUGUUUAGAGGAGGGUCCAAAUAAAGAAAUACCCUAAUUUAAUGAGCACUGUAUUAAUAUAAUGUCUUUAAAUGAAAUUGUUGAUUAACAGUAUGCUUGUAGGGAUUAAAGGAGUUUUGUUACCUCAA